AUGCAACUCACCUCUCUCCUCCCCGUUCUCCUCUCCACCUUGAGCCUGACCAGCGCUCUCUCCACCGGCCAAGCCGCCAACUGGACCGCAACCAACUUCCAACUCGAGUGCUCACCGGGCGGCUGUGCCUAUCGUUUCAAUAUCAGCGCGCCCGCCUCCGAGAACGCGCCUAGUUUCAAGACCUACUGCGAGGGCCUCACUCCCAAUGCCACGGCUUGUGCCAACAACACGAUCAUCGCUGCAGUCAGCCCCUUGGCCAACCCGACGUGGAAUGUCAAGGUCCAACACGAGUGGCAUGUCAUUGAGGAGGAGUAUAAUUCCGAGGCCACCUACUGGCAGGCUGGCAGUGCCAAUGUCACCGAGACCUCCAAGGCCUUCCUCAUCAAGCCCGACGUGUUUUACGGCGUCGCCUAA